UCAAACAAUAUAUUUCGUUCAUUUUUUAGAAAAAUAUACGGGUAAAAGUAUUCCAUUUGAAACUUCCUUACGAAAAGGAUAUAUUGACGACAUCUACAACCAAGUAAUGAAUAAAAUUAGAAUUGAAAUUGGAAAAGAUCAAAUUUGGGUGUCAGUUGAUGAAACAUGUGAUGUACAAGGACGAUGUGUGGCAAACGUUAUUGUUGGCAUUCUUAAGCCAGAUUGUGUUGGUCAUUCAUUUCUUUUGCACUCGGAAGAGUUAGAAAAAACAAAUCAUAAUACUAUUUGUAAAGUCUUUAAUAAAUCAAUGAUCAUUUUAUGGCCUGGAGAUAUUAUGUACAACAACGUCUUACUAUUCUUAUCCGACGCAGUUCCUUACAUGGUGAAGGCCGGUUCAGUUCUUAAAAAUUUAUACACCAAAAUGAUACACACCACCUGUAGUGCACACUCACUUCAUCGGAUAGCUGAAAAAAUUCGUGGACAAUUUCAUCUUGUUGACGAGCUUAUAUCAAAUAUGAAAAAAAAAUUUCGUAAAGCCCCAUACCGUAUUGCAUUGUUUAAAUCGAUAGCUCCAGAAAUUAGAUUAUCACCAGAACCUAUCUUAACGCGUUGGGGGACAUGGCUCGAAGCCGCAAUUUAUUACUGUGAAAAUUUCCAAAUAAUAUGUAGCGUAAUAAAUGCCCUAGACGAAAAUGAUGCAGAUUGUAUUAAAAAAGUUAAAUUAUGCAUACUGAAACCAGGAUUGGAAAACAACUUGACUUAUAUCAAAAGUAAUUUUCAAGUUAUUACAAUGGCCAUUGUGAAAUUACAAACGAAAAACCUUCCAUUGGCUGAUUCACUUUCUGUAAUUCAAGAAGUAAAAUCAAAAUUUCAAUCAUUAAAAGGAACUCAAGGAAAAGCAGUACUUUUAAAAUUACAAAAAGUUUUUGAAAAGAAUGAAGGUCUUAAAAUUCUGGAAAAAAUAUCAAACAUUUUGGAAGAAGAAGAUGAAAUUUUGGAUAUGAGUCAAUUUCAUUUAUAUUCAUAAUUUAAUAUUCAUGCAACGACUUUGUGUUCUUUAAAUAUGCACCAACCACUUCAGUGGAUGUAGAGAGGUCAUUUUCAGCUUACAAAACUCUGUUAUCUGACAAUCGAAGAGCAUUUACAUUUGAAAACUUGCGGAAACAUUUAAUUAUUCAAUGUAACAACAAAGCUAACGAAUAAAUUUUAAAAAAUGGGAAAUUUAAGAAGCAAGUGAAAAAUUAUUUAAUUUUAUUAAAAUAUUUU